AUGAGAUUUACCGCACUUACUCUUUUGGCCCUGGGUGCCUCAACCUCUGCCUACGUUGUGCCAAACAACAAGCAAGCCGUUGACAAUGCUGUCAAGGCACGCAUGCCAGGAAGCGGACCUGUCCACACAUCCAACCUCGUUGCUGCACUUGCAGACCGUGGAGUCGAAGCCCGUCACCACAAGGGCAAGGGUGGAAAGGCUGGCGGUGCCGGUGCUGGUGCCGGUGGCGCCGGCGCCGGUGGCUUAGCCAAGCUCUUCGGCCGUGAUGCUGAAGAGUUGACCCAGGAAGAGGACGAUGCUCAUUGGGCCGACCUCCACACUCGCUCUCCUCAUCACAAGGGCAAGGGCGGAAAGGCUGGAGGCGCUGGAGCCGGAGCCGCUGGCGCUGGCGGCUUGGCCAAGCUUUUCGGCCGUGAUGCUGAAGAGUUGACCCAAGAAGAGGACGACGCUCACUGGGCCGACCUCCACACUCGCUCCCCUCACCACAAGGGCAAGGGCGGAAAAGCUGCUGGAGGUGCAGGUGCCGGUGGCCGAGGCAAGCUCAACAACCGCCAGGCCGAAGAGCUCACCCAGGAGGAGGACGACGCUCACUGGGCCGACCUCCACACUCGCUCUCCCCACCACAAGGGCAAGGGCGGCAAGGCUGCCGGCGGAGCUGGUGGCCGAAAGGUCAACAACCGCGAAGCCGUGCCCGAGCCCCAUCACAAGGGUAAGGGAGGCAAGGCUGGAGGUGCUGGCGGAGCCGGUGCUGGCGGUUUGGCCAAGCUCUUCGGACGUGAGCCUGAGCCACACCACAAGGGCAAGGGAGGCAAGGCCGCUGGUGGUGCUGGUGGAAAGGCCAAGCUCAACAACCGCGAGGCUGUCCCCGAACCCCAUCACAAGGGCAAGGGAGGUAAGGCUGCUGGUGGCGCUGGUGGUGCUGGUGGUGCUGGUGGUGCUGGUGCUGGCGGUUUGGCCAAGCUCUUCGGACGCGAGCCUGAGCCGCACCACAAGGGCAAGGGAGGCAAGGCCGGAGGUGCUGGCGGUGCUGGCGGCAAGGCCAAGCUCAACAACCGUGAGGCUAUGCCUGAGCCUCACCACAAGGGCAAGGGAGGAAAGGCUGGAGGUGCCGGCGGCAAGAACAAGCAGAACAACUAG